AUGUCUAUAACAACUUGCCAGAAGGUUACUCUUAUAUCAUGCUCUGUUCUCUGUGUUUCCCUUUUCCUGCCCAGAAUGCUUUUACCCAGAGGAAAGAAGGAGAUGGAGCAGCCUGAGGUUGGACCCGGAUUCUACCCUUCUGUGAUGCAUCAGCUGUCAUUGUCAGAGGACUCAGAACAGUGGGGUGUGGACCCUGUGCACUCCAUGACACACAGUGCAGAGGCCAUGGCAAAAGUGAAAGGCAUUGGACGAGGCAAAAAAUACAAUCUCAUGGCUCAAGUGAUACCUAUAUAUGGCUUUGGGAUCCUUCUUUACAUCCUCUAUAUAAUCUAUAAGCUGACUUGCAAGGGGAAGGCCACUAAAUCAGGAAACUACACAACAGUAACCAGGGCAAACAUGGAGAAUAAGAUUACAACAGAUUAUUAUGAGCUUGCCAGGCUUCAGGAGAGACUCCUGCAAACAGAAAAGAUGAUAGAGAGGAUUGUCUCAGGAAAGAGACGAGGUUCUGGGAGUGGCAGAAGGAGGAAGAGUAAAACUACAACAUCAAAAAAGGAAGAGAAAUUACUAAGGCAGCUUAGACAAAUCACACAACUGAUUCAAGAGAGCCGACUGGAAGGAGCCUCCCCAGAGAUGGAGGCUGAGGAGGUCCCCUACGGUGCAGACUGGGAAGGCUACCCAGAGGAGACCUACCCAGAGUAUGAUGACAGACGCGAUUCUUAUGACGGAUGUGAAUUUGACACCCUUACACUGGAGGAACCCAAACACUGCAACCAGCCCACUGCUGAGGCCCUGGCAGAGAGGAUGGAGCAAGAGGAGGAAGAGGUUAUGGCAAGAAAGCUAUCCGUAGUUCAAGAGGAGGAUGAAGAGGAAGAGGAAGAGGAAGAUGAGGAUGAGGAUGAGGAUGAAGAGGAAGAAGUGGGGGAUGAAGAGGAAGAAGUGGAGGACGCAGAGGAAGAAGUGGAGGUAGCAGAGGUAGACAUAGAAGAAGAGGAGGAGGAAGAGGAGGAGGAGGAGGAGGAGGAAGAGGUGGCAGAAAAAAGGCAGUUGCUCAGUCCUCGUUUAUCAAAGCCUGCUGCAGAAAGAAAGCAGGAGAGAGUUGGUUUGGAGGUGAGUAAAGAACUACAGUGUCACAGUGGAGGCAAGAAGCAAAUAAGCUUCAGUGACCGCGAAGAUGUGUUCCGCUACCCUAAAGAGGACACUUAUGAGGAGGAGGAAGAGGAGAAGGAAGAUGAGGCGGAGGAAGAGGACGAGGGGACAGAGGUAGAAGAGGAGGAGGAAGCCGACGAAGAUGAUCCAGUGAUGGAAGCCGAGAGCCUGCAGUUCAGUUGUGAAGGUUGCUCGAACCCGGAGGAAGAAGCAGAGGAGGAUAAAGAAGAGUAUUUGUUAAUGUCAGCGCCAGUGGAGGGUGACGGUCGUACACAACCAGACAUGCCUACAGAAGUAAGGGUGAGUGGGCUGAGGAUGCGGAACAGGAGAGAGACGUAA